UCGCAGUCACAGUGCGCUGUUUCAGGGGCCGUCGCUCUGUCAAAGCGCCUUGCUCUGAAAAAGGAAGUGCACCACGACUUCUAGGAGCGACUGAAUGGAAUUCACCGCUUCAGGCGCAUGCGAAAAAAGGACCCUGCCCGGCAGGUGCGCGAUUCCAAGCCAAAGUCAACCCUCAGCGAACAACGACGGUGAUCGGAUUAAGAUACGCCGAUGCGUCGAGAACGUUGCGUGAAGAAGUGAUGCAGUUACUGUCGUUCUCGACGAAGUUCGUGCUGUGAGGCGCGCGUCCGCCGCCGCAACCCUCGAGGAUGAAAAACGCCUCUUCCAUCGUGACCGUAAUGUUCGCGGUGCUCGCCUACGUAGCUGGAGAAUUGAGCCCAGCGACGAUCCGCGAAGUCAUCCGUCGCUUUCAUCCGGCUUUCUCGGUCACCGGAAACUCAACUUUCGAUCUUCAGAAUCUUCUCGAUCUCACAGUCCAGAAGAAAGUUAAUCCUGGAAGUUAUGAUAGUCGUGACGUCAACUGCAUACCAGAUCAGAGGUUUAGCAAAAUGUGUUCUGAAGGAGGAGAGUGUCUCUCGCCGCGCGAAUUGGUUUCUGCUAUACGGAGGCCUUCUAGGAAAGAGCCCCUCGAAGUGAUAUUCCGUGAGCUUUGCCCCAUUCUGCUCCUCCAAUCUCAUUCGUGCGAGUCUUUCAAUAAUUCCCUACACCAGUCAUUGCUGUCAUCAUCGACAGCCUCUCUGCCUGCUGCAGCCAAAACGAAGCCCGAACCCUUCCAAGUUUGGCUGUAUGGCAUAAUAUCCGUCACAAUCAUCUCAGCAUGUUCCCUGACUGGUCUCGCGAUCGUUCCUUUGUUAACGCGCCAACUAUUCCACGCGAUGAUGAAUAUAUUCCAGGGUCUCGCUGUAGGGUCGCUAUGUGGAAGUGCCAUAUUUCAUCUUAUUCCCCAAGCUUUCGACUUAACGCAACAAGACGGAUACCUAUGGAAAUCGCUGGUAGUGUUCGGCGGUAUCUAUUUUUUCUACAUUUCCGAACGCAUCAUGAAGUUGAUAGGCAGUCUGAAGAAAGAGGAAAAGAAGAAGAUUAAUCUUAAUCCAAUCACCGAGGAAGCAGGCCAACUCGUUGACGGUAAUCAUGGUCAUCCACAUGGAGUGUCGAAAGAUGGCUCCAUUGCUUCUGUGGCGUGGCUGAUUAUAUUCGGCGAUGGGAUGCACAACUUCAUCGACGGCCUUUCUCUCGGAGCAGCCUUCAAUACUUCGAUUUUAGGCGGGAUCUCGAUCUCAGUCGCUGUAAUUUGUGAAGAAUUCCCGCAUGAACUUGGAGAUUUCGCUGUGCUCCUCGGUGCGGGAAUGUCUGCGAGACAAGCUGUUUUGUACAAUUUCCUGUCUGCACUGACCUGUUUCCUCGGUUUGGCUGUCGGCAUCCUCGUCGGUGACCUGACUCAGGGUGCUCCGGCUGUUUUCGCGUUCGCCGCCGGGAUGUUCCUCUACAUUUCCUUGGUCGGGAUGAUGGGCGAAAUCAACGAGAGUCUCGAGAAAGUCUGCGGGUUCUUGCCUCAAGUGAGAACCCUGCUUUUACAAAACCUCGGCAUCGUGACAGGAGUGGUGACGAUGUUUGUCAUGGCCAAAUUUGCGGAUGUUAUCGACUUCGAGACCUUCUCUUUGACGGCCGAGGACAGAGCUGCUUAUUCAACGAGUCUCGAGCACAUCAAUAGGAAUGCUAAAGGGAUGUUGGGCACUGGUUUCUGAGACGGUCCUCAUUGACUUGAUGAAAAAUAGUUCUAAUUUUUGUUCGUUCGAUCAUCCCUGUUCUACAUAUAUGCGACUUCACGAUGGGAAACUCGUGAAUUAAGCGCCACGAUAUCUUCGAUCUGGUGACUCGUCACCCGAAUCGAGCGCAAGCGACCUCUUCAAAGUGCGUCCGGAAAAGUGGGCAAGGGAAUUCGCGAUCCCGACCUCCUCUCGACUUCGAGAUUGCGACCUACCACAACUCUCACCGAAGAGCGAGUCGGCGCUUUCCUCGAAGUAAACAUUCGACAAUCCAGUAGCCUGUUUAACAGGGCAAUCGAAACAAAUGAGAAUCCAUAGAUAGACACAGAUAAAUUAUCAUUCAUAGGAAUCUUUAUUCCGCACGAUGUUAAUCAUGGUAAAGAAGCUGGAAUAGGUAUGAAACAGUGUCGUACAUGUUUGUAUAUUCGUCUGAUACAGAGUAUACGCAAUAAUAAAUACAGAAGAUUGGUAUUUUCAA